AUGCAUCUUGUUUCCUUACCGGAUUUGACUGGUUUUGUUUUUUGUAUUGGUGACGGCUUCGGCGUUGAACAAAAAUGUAUGGACGGUGCUCAAUACGAUCCAGUCAAGAAGGAAUGUAAUGAUGGCAAUACCAAUGUCACUCGCGAAAGCAGCCCAUGCUCAUCAUCACCAUGCAAAGGUGGAAAAUGUAUCAAUAUUUUUGCUGCCGCAACGUAUUAUUGUAUGUGUCAUAAUGGCGCUUCUACUCGAAAUUGUGAACUUUCUUAUUGUGAACGUUCUUACUCAAUGCAUCCGUGUGUAAGAGGACUCCCAUUUUCUGAAAUGCACAAAGUCUAUGAGGGCUGUCAAACGUUUGAAGAUAACUCUGCCCUAAAAACAGUUGUCGAGCUAAUCGAACCACCAUUGCGUGACAUCAUUGAUUAUGUUCGAACAUUCGAAUUAAUAUCAGCUGCUAAAGAUUAUAUCGAAAACUGUAACAACGCUAAUGAAAUAUUUCUGAUUCUGUCUUUGGUAUUAGCCGAUAAAAUUCUUGACCAAGUAUAUAUAUCGAAACAAAUUAAUUCCGUUUACAUUUAUGGUACGAAUGAGACUUCUGAGCAACGAUGGAGAAAGUUCGAACCAUUAAACUUUUUAACAGCUGGGACCAAGUCGGACCAAAUCGAUUACAGCCCGGUUCGACUUGGUCUUGGACAAGAUCAUACGGAGCCCUGGUGUCCACAUAAUUAG